UUUGUUAAGCAGGUAUUGAGAGGUAAGGGAAGGUGUGACGUCACAGCAGGAGGGGCCAGCAUGUAACAUUAACACUGCUUUACUCUGCUACAUUAUAAGUGUAGCCGAGAGCAGGUUCCUGAGGGAUGUUUAGGAAACCUCGUGAGGAAAAACACAUGAAAGACCCCUGGCGAAGUCGUGAACACUGCGUGGACUGUGGGGUACUAGGGAACUGGCGGGGAAUACUUGAAGGUGGCCUGUUGUGUGCUGUGGUUGGUCAGAGAAAUGUGAUGGGGCGUACAAGUCGUGUGGUAGUCGUUGGGGGCAAAGAAACUGGAAAGACAUCUAUUCUUGAAAGAGCAAUAUUUGCAAAUUCCACUGUUGAUAAGCAAUAUAUUCCAACUGUUGAGGAUACUUAUGUUGGAAUUGUAGAAACCGAACGUGGAACUCGGGAGAAAUUGCGCUUUUAUGACACUGCUGGCCUAGAUGCUCGCAAUCACUGCCUUCCCCAGCACUACCAUGCAUUAGCAGAUGGUUACAUCAUUGUGUACUCUAUAAGUGACAACCUCUCAUUUCAACUGCUAACAGAUAUUAAAAAAGACAUCGACAGACACAGAGAGAAAAAAGAUGUACCAAUAAUUGUUUUGGGCAACAAGAGUGAUUUAGCAGCUACUCAUCGUGCUGUUGAUACAGCUACAGCUGAGCGAUGGGCAACAGCAGAGAAACUGAGGUUCUGGGAGGUGAACGUUCAGGACCGUACUCUUCUAAUGGCACCCAUCAUGAACCUUGCUUCUCGUUUAAAUCCACAACCUAGCAAAACCUCUUUUCCACAGUUGACCAUGGGCCGGAAAAACAAAGAUUAAUGAAAUGUGCAGGUAAUGUUUUGUGUAUAAGUAAAAAAAAAAAUUGACAGGAGCAUAUGUUCAGACAUAAUUGUAGACCCUUCAGAUAUUCAAAUUCUUUUAUUUCCUUGCAAGUUUACAAUGUGGUUGGCAUAUUUUAGGAAGUAUACUUACAUAGAUAGCUUACAGUGAGGGUUUACAAUGAUUUGUAGUGCAAAGAUUGCCACUAUGAUGCCUUGGCAUUACGGGCAAUCUAAACUUAAUACAUUACUGAUUGCUCUCUGAUAUACAUUACCGAUAUACUUUCAGUUUUUCUCAACAUUUUUUCAUUCUACAGUAAACUUGCUUUCAUAAAUAAAAUUUUAUUCAAGUCUUUUAGUGUUGAUGGUUAUCUUCCAUGUUGUUCCUAUUAGUAUUGUUGUAGGUCUGCAGUUAUGCAGUUUGGCCUAAAAUAAGUUUUAUACAUGUACAAUAUAUGUGUUUGUUCAUAAUUUGUUUAGUUUAGUUUAUUAGCCAAAUUAGUACAGUGGUACCUCGAGUUACGAACUUAAUUCAUUCCAGAAGGCUGUUCGAGUGCUGAUACCAAAUGAAUUUGUUCCCAUAAGGAAUAAUGUAAAUUAGAUUAAUCCAUUUCAGACCCCUAGAAAUACACUUACAAAAGCACUUACAUAAAUACACUUACAUAAUUAUUUGAGUUGGGAGCUGUUUGAAAUGCGAGGUACCACUGUAUUACUCUCUAUAAAAUACUAUAGGUGAUUAUAAAAGAUUUUAUCACCCUCUUUCCUUGGAUUACUUUAAUGAAAUCUAUGAUAAAGAAGUUUUAAGACUUUGUACAGUAUUGUAUUACUUUAAUGAUGGCCACCACCAAGUUGAAGGUUAAAAAUAUUACUGUUUGCAUGAAAUACUUUACCAGAUGCCAGGAUACUGCUGGGAAUUUUUUACCCCUAGGAAGGCUCCAUGAUGUUCGUGAGAAGCUCUUAAUCUGAGGAAUAUUACUUGACCUUCCCUUCCUUGGAUUAAACCUGAUUAUCUCCUAUUUCACCAGGUGUUGUAUGAGUCCUUAUGGGUUUAGCGCUAUCACUUUGAAUGUAAUAAUGUAUAUUUUGCAAGUUUUUUUUUUUUUUUUUAAAUUCUGCUACAUAAAAGAUAGAGUGUAUCUUGCCUUUCAUUCCUGCUUCUAAUCUUGCAUUUCUUUCUGAAUUAAUUGACCAUGUUUUUUUGACCAAUUGUUUCCUUUUUGUUUUUUUGUUUUUUGAGCCUAUAGAACAUUUCAUUCAACUGAGAUUCCUUUGUGUAAAGUUUAUAUUGACUUGGUACUGAACACUUGUUAAGGAAAAGCAUCUUUGCUGAUUUUGUUCACUAUCUUUGCUGUAUAUAUUUGAUACCAUUAAUCAUGGAUUACUGAUGAGUGAUUUUUUUGGCUGUAAGUCAUGUAUGGCCAGUACACACUCGCUCCAGAGCCACUUCACUAAUGUGAUAAUGAUGAAAAGAAUUUGGGCAAAAAGC